AUGUGUAUGAUAAGAAUUGUGCAAACCCAUAUCUCUGUGAUGGAACAAACAGAUUUUGAAAGAGAUCGGAAUUUAUGGGAUUUGGAGGCUAUAGCAAUAAAUCAGGAAAAGGAAAUUUUGCGAUCAGAGGCAGAUGCUAUAGAUAAGUUUGAAAGAAAUACUAGGUUUAAAAAUGGGAGGUAUGAAAUUAAAUUAUUAUGGAAGGAGGGUUGUAACACAUUGAACAGUAAGUAUGAAGUUGCAGAAAGCUGUUUGAUAAGCUUAAAUAAUAAAUUUAGGCAUGAUCCGCAUCUGUACUUUCGUUAUAAAGAAAUAAUUAAUGAGCAGUUAAGGGAUGGUAUUAUUGAGCAAGUUACAUUUCAUGGAGAUUGUGAUAGGAAAAUUGAUUAUUUUUAUGCUUAUCAUACUGAAGUACGCGAAUCAAAGGAAAGUACGAAAGUUAGGAUUGUGUAUGAUGUGUCGUCGAAAGUUAGAAAUGGACAGUCGUUGAAUGAUUGUUUAGAUAGUGGUCCCAACCUUAAUCCAGAUUUGCUCAGGAUUAUUUUAAGAUUUCGUUAUCACUCAAUUGCAUUUUGUGCUGAUAUUCAGAGAGCAUUUUCAGAGAUUGGCAUAGUAGAGGAGAAUCGAAAGUUUUUGUAG